GGAAAGUUGGAUAGUUUGGCAGCGGUGGAAAGGAGAUGUCUUUUGGUUUAGAGAGGUGGCUGAUGAUCAGGGAGGAUGGGAUGGUAAGUAUUGAGUCUAUUAUGUUAAGCUUUCUACGCCAAUAUCCAUAAACCGCCUACAUCAAACCUGCAGCUGUUAUUCUUUGUGAACUACCGGUUCAUAAAGUACAUCGUGGACAUAGCCGUUUUACGCAAGAGAUGAAGAGUGAAAUAUUUCAAGGUAGCUAUGUGGAUUUCAUCGAUUUUGAUGUCUUGACCAGAGAUGGCCUGAAAGGGGCAUUUGACGCUCCUCCAAGAAUUCGAACUUACAUGUUCGAUGAUCUUUACUUCUACUUUGAGCAUCAUAGUCGACUUCUAUUCGAAAGGAAGGAGCGACACCUCCAUUAAUCGCGUUGGCUUUUCUCAAGAAAAUAAUAGCUUCUCAUUACAUGAAAUUGAUUGGUUGGUUAUCUCGAGAUAAUUGUUCAGAUACUAUAUAGGCAUAUUAAGUAAGUAGGUAAUCUUACAUUAACCUCUUCCCCUCACGCAGGUAUACCAACCUUCGUAAUAUUAACCCCAACCUCACAACUAGGCAGAAUAGCAACUCGCCCGUCAAACCAUCUGGAAAGACCUAUAAAUCCUAGCCCGAGAAAAAGCGAAUAAUAGUCGAGUCUGCAAUUCACCCAUCGUCGCCUCUCAGAACACUACAUCGAUAUCCAAUCAAUCUAUCAUUCACAGCCUUUGACCUCAAACUCCACACUACUCUCCCCCAUCCCCAUUUCCCUCUAUCCACUCAAGUCUCCUCCCCCUAACCAUCUACACCCGCGUCCAUCUCUACAAUCAGCUCCUCCUCAACCCAAGGUCUAUCUGUCCUGUCUUUCCUCCAUAAUCACCAACCGCGACACGCUCUACGAAGCAAGCACGAAUUUCUUUCUGUGCGGGAAGUGGAAAAUUUGAAAGCGCUUGCUUAGGUUUAAUUUGUUGGGUUGGUUCAUAUUCUAUUUCCAUUGAGGGGGUUGGGUUACGUAUAUGGCGGUGCUGGUGAUGGGGUGACG